AUGGCCCUGCAGUGCACCAAGUCCGCGGGACACUGGAAGAUGGUGGUGUGGGAUGAGGAGGGCUUCCAGGGCCGGCGCCAUGACUUCACCAGCGAGUGUCCCAGCGUGCUGGAGCUGGGCUUUGAGACCGUGCGCUCCUUGAAAGUCCUGAGCGGAGCGUGGGUGGGCUUCGAGCACGCAGGCUUCCAGGGUCAGCAGUAUGUUCUGGAGCGUGGCGAGUACCCGUGCUGGGAUGCCUGGAGCGGCAACACGGCCUACCCCAGCGACAGGCUCUCCUCCUUCCGGCCCGUGGCCUGCGCCAACCACCGUGACUCCAGGCUGACCAUCUUUGAGCAGGAGAACUUCCUGGGCAGGAAAGGCGAGCUGAGCGAUGAUUACCCCUCCCUGCAGGCCAUGGGAUGGGACGGCAACGAAGUGGGCUCCUUCCACGUCCACUCUGGGGCCUGGGUCUGCUCCCAGUUCCCGGGCUACCGGGGUUUCCAGUACGUGCUGGAGAGCGACCACCACUCGGGUGACUACAAGCACUUCCGGGAGUGGGGCACCCACGCCCAGAGCUUCCAGGUGCAGAGCGUCCGCAGGAUCCAGCAGUGA